AUGGCGUCUUCCAACAAUGUUACCCCUACCAACUGUAGCUGGUGGCCCAUAUCAGCCAUGGACGAAGAUGGCAAAAUCACAGAUGGAGAGGAGAGUCAAGAGCCCACGAUAGAACCUAAGCCAUUUUCUAAAGACAGGCUCGUUUUGUACCACUGGACGCAGUCCUUCAGCUCUCAAAAGUGUGUUGUUUUGUUCCUUGGUCAGGUGCGUCUGGUGAUCAAUGAGAAAGGUCUGAUGUGUGAGGAGCGUGAUGUGAGCCUGCCCCUGACAGAGCACAAAGAACCGUGGUUCAUGAGACUCAACCUGGGCGAGGAGGUGCCUGUCUUCAUCCAUGGAGACAUCAUCGUCAGUGACUACAAUCAGAUCAUCGAGUACUUAGAGACCAACUUUGUGGGAGACACUGUGGCCCGGCUAAUCCCAGAGGCCGGCACACCCAUGCAUGCCAGAGUGCAGCAGUACCGUGAGCUCCUGGACAGCCUGCCCAUGGAUGCGUACACACACGGCUGCAUCUUACACCCCGAACUCACCACCGACUCCAUGAUCCCAAAAUACGCCACUGCCGAGAUACGGAGACACUUGGCCAAUGCUGCAACAGAGCUGAUGAAGCUGGACCAUGAGGAGCCCCAGUUGACAGAGCCAUACCUGUCCAAGCAGAAAAAACUUAUGGCAAAGAUCUUGGACCAUGACAAUGUGAACUAUCUAAAGAAGAUCCUUGGUGAGCUGGCCAUGGUAUUAGACCAAGUGGAGGCAGAACUUGAGAAAAGGAAACUGGAAUAUCAAGGUCAGAAAUGUGACUUGUGGCUUUGUGGACCUGAGUUUACACUAGCCGAUGUUUGCCUUGGGGCCACGCUUCACAGGCUCAAGUUCUUGGGACUCUCAAAGAAAUACUGGGAGGAUGGCAGUCGGCCCAAUCUCCAGUUGUUUUUCGAGCGAGUGCAAAAACGCUACGCUUUCCGCAAAGUCUUAGGAGACAUCCAUACCACCCUCCUAUCAGCAGUUCUACCCAAUGCGUUCCGAAUGGUAAAAAAGAAACCACCGUCCUUCUUUGGUGCAUCCUUCCUAAUGGGUUCUUUGGGUGGGAUGGGAUAUUUUGCCUAUUGGUUUUUAAAAAAGAAAUAUAUGUAG